AUGGCGGGCGAACCAGGCGUGACAGUGGGAGAGGAAUCCACAUUCAAAUGGAACAAAGAGCAAACAACACUCCUCAUCCGAUUACGAGGGGAAAACGGCCACCUCUUCACUGGGGUGAAGAAUUCUGCCACUGUGGCAUGGAGACGGUAUUACUCUGGCGUUCUGCUGUGCAAACGUUCAGAUGUGGGGAUCAACAUAGUUGCCAAAGUUUCUGUCUGCUCUUAUUUUUCGGGUGUGAUCAGGACUAUACUGGAGAAGAUGGGCUUGCAGUGGACAGUCACCCCCUCGCAGGCAAGGAAAAAGUGGGAUAACCUCAAGACAAAAUACAAAGAGUGCAAGUAUCCAGGGUCAGGAGAGGGUGUAAGUGGUAAGCCCACUGCUGCCACCUGGCCCUGGUUUGCCCUCAUGGACGAGGUAAUAGGACAGAGGCCGUCCAUCAGGCCCCCUGUCCUACUGUCCACGCUCCGUGAGGACACUCCAGGGCCAAGUUCAGCAGUGGGUGACCGAAACGGAGCAGAGUCUGACACUGAUGAGGGGGAAAGUCAGCUGACCACAUCAGCAAGGAAGAGGAAACGGGAUCGGGAUGACAAGCUGCUCAACCUCAUCAGGGAGGACAUGCAGCAACAAAGGGAGGCGGAGGAGAGAAGGGCGCAGGAGAGCAGGGAGCGAAUGGAUAGACUCUUUUCAAUCCUGGAACGUCUGAUCCCAAAAUGAGUGCUGUGCCCCUCUAAUUUCCUUUGACAGUUUUGUGACAUUUGUGUUGAGAUGAUUCCCCAGGCACCAGACACCUUCUAUUUCC